CCGCUGCCACUUCCCUCGGACGCUCCUCCGCCCGGCUUCGAACACGAGCACAUUGAGGACUACAGCUCAGUCGACUCCAACACUGCCGCGUUCGCCACCAACCUCGACAGGCGGGACGUGUUCCUGGGCCAGCAGGCCUGUAUCGUAUGCGGCGCAGACAUAGUAGAGCGCUGUCAUGUCAUCCCACCAUCCGAACGGGAAACAUGGGAGGACCUACAAAACCGGGGCUAUGUCCCUACCACAGCGAAGAGUGCCUCAGACGAGCUGAGGAACGCCAUCACGCUUUGCCCAAACCACCACAAAAGGUUCGACAGCUACCAGGCGUUCAUCCGCUUCUGUCCCGAAGUCAGGAAGUACGUGUUCGUGAAUUACAGUGAAACCCCAAGCGAGACCGCCUUCCACGGCAAGGCCGUCGCGCUCGAGAGCCACCACGACCACGCACCCUUCCCCGCCGUCUUCCUCAUACACGAAUGCCGCGUCCGGGGCUUCUGGCCUUUCCGGAGCCCCACCGUCGACAUCCUUUCGCCAGUCCCCUGGCAGGACUGGCUCCUCUCCCGCGAGAUCAUCGACUCUGAGGAGAACAUCCGCCACGAGGGCCGUGCGGGGCCCGUCGCCAGCACAUACGUGCAUGCGCCCGGACCAACGAUGCCGCUCCCGUUCCCUGCCUUCCCUGCUUGUGUUGAUCCAGUGUUGCUAGUUACGGGCAUGCACACUAUCCCUCCCCCCACGACGGAUUUCGUGGCCCUCGUUCUUGCCGCCGCACAGAGCAUGCCGACGUGGAGGGCGUGCCAGAUCGAGGGGCAGUCGUGGGAGGGCGCGGCCGAGGAGAACAUCACGAAGUACCAACAUGCCGUCGGUAGCGACCAGGUGGAGCGCGCGCAGCACGGCGGUCUACCGUUCUUUUGA